CCCAAUCAGCUGUUCCCGAAAAAGUUUUCUGCAUGUUUUGUUUAUUUCGCUUAAAAUGUAGUUUUUCCGUUAUUAAAAGCCCGUUAGUUGCUUGUGUGUGUGAAUAGUAGCUCUUAAUCAGAGGUCCCAAAUUGCUGUUGAAGGCUAAAUUAGAAAGCUCGGCAAUGGAUGCGGACUGCGAGGUGGAGGCUGCUGCGUUGGCAGAUGACUCCGGCCACUUCAGCUGCGCUAGCGAUGAGGGCGGCGGUGAUCCUGAGCAGACGCCUAGCCCGGAGCAGAAACAGUCAAUAUUCUUCCUGAGACAAGAGCUUCAGAGGUCGCGUAGUGAAGUGGAACGCCUCCUGAAAUCCGAGCACUGGUACAAGCAAGAGCUCAAGUCGCAGAAGCACAGUCGCCUGGAAACCCUGGAGCGCCUGUAUGCCCAGGAGCGUAAGUAUCUUGUGGAAAACCAACGACUGCAGCAGGAGUCUAUGCGGUUGCAUGCGAAAUGUUCCACGCUAGAGAAGCAGCAGGAACAGGAGUCCCCAAGGUCCCCCACUACUUCUUCCCUGAAGUGUGAUGCAUCCCCGAACGCAUCAUUUGAGGCCAAACAGCAGGAGGCUCGUCUUCGGGAUCAACGGCAACUGAUCGAUGUCCUGCGCAAGCAAAAGAAAAUGCUUCUCGAGGACAUACAGAGACUCAGCCUAGAGCACGAUGAGAAGCUGGGACAAUUGCAGCAGACCUUGGCCAGUAUGGAGCUAGAAAGCAAGCUGAUGACUGGAAGAUGUAAGCAGCUCCUGGACGACAAGAGUCAAAUGGAGCACCAGCUGGAACUGAGGAGCUCCGCCCUGCGCAGUGUUAACGCUGAGAGGGAGCAGCUCCGUCAGGUCAUCGCCGAGCUCAACGAGACCCUGCAAACGCAAGAACAACUUUUGGCCCUCAAGGAGCAGGAGUUCCUCGAUCUCAAGCAGUACUACCAGCAGAAGUUAACCCGGGAAAACAGCGUUGAUGUGAUGCACUCCUACAGUCUGAAAUUUCAUGAGGAGAUUAACAACAAGACGAGUGAGAUUGCCGGUUUGAAAAACUCCCUCAACGAGCUCCGUUUGGAAUUGCUGAUGAUGUCACAGUUAAAAGAGCAAAACGAGGAGCAACAGCGUCAAUUGGAACAGCUAGAAUUCACCCUGCAAGCUCAACUCUUGGAGCAAGAACAGCUCCGGCAGAGUGACGCCCUCAAAUUGGAGCAGGUGGAGAAUUUAACCAUUUCCUUGGCUUCCUUACAGCUGGAGAAGGAAAGCCUUAAGGAAAAUCUGCUGGAGGCACAAAAAACGCUUCAGAAGCUGGAGCAGGAGGUGCACAGGCUUCAGAACCAAUAUGAUGAAAUGCGUUCGAUGUGUGAGGAGACCCAGCGGCAAUUGGAAAAUGAUCAGGAGAAUAUGGAAAAGUUCAAGGAGCAAAGUUCCUUGAAGGAAAACGAAUUGAUCGGAAAACUUAGCUUCUACGCAAAGCAGUGCGAACAGUUGAAGAAAGAUUUAGCUGCGGCAGAGUCCCAAAUGCAUGACCAAAGCCAGCAGGCAGAGAUCUGGCAGCAGAAGCUUAAAAUAAUAGAAAAAUCUAGCCAACAGAAGGUAAAGCAGUGCCAAAACCAAACCACACAAACAGAUGUCGAGGAUCCCAUUCUAAUUCAACGCAUUGAGACUUUAGAGCAGCAACUAGCCGAUGUCAAAGCUCAAAAGAAACAAACCGUUGCGCUGCUCCAGCAGCUUCUGCAGCAACAAGAUGCCAAGAUAAAGAGCACAAACGAAAUGGAGGCAGAUUGGACGCAGCUCCUAGAGGCGCUGCAAGCCACUCAAAAAUUGGAGCAAGAAAUGCGUGCAGAGCUCCAACACAAAACCGUCGAAUUGGAGCAGCUCAAUGAAUUGUUUGCUGGUCAAAAUGAAGAGCUGCAGCAGCUCCAGCAAUUGGGCCUAGCUAAGGACGAGGAGAAUCGGCUGGAGUUGCAGCUAUUGAAGGAAACAUUCCAGGAGAAUCUAGAGAAUCAUUCUGCGGAUUCGAUGAGCAUUCAGCGGCUGCAAUGCCAAGUAAAAUCGUUACUCGACGAGCGAGAGGAAACCGCACUACGGUCUUUGGCGCAAGUGUUGGAAAUGGAAACGGGCAGAAAGCUGCGGCACAUUAAAUGCUGGCCACAGCUGGCCAAGCUUCUACGAAAGGAGCUGCGUAAUGGAAGGGCUUCCCAUCGCAAGGCUGAAGAGCUGCCGGGCCUAAAGCUCAAGCUGGCGGAGAUUAGCGGAAUGCACGAGCAAGCUUUAGCAAGAAUUAAGAAUCUGGAACACACUCUGGCAGCGGAAAAAGCGAGCUAUGAGGCUUCCGACUCGGGCAAGUCCAACUGUUGCAUCGCACCCCCAGAACCCGCCCACGAGGUAGCCAAUCUGAUCGAUGACUACAAGAAGCUCGUUCAACAAACCGCCAGUGAGACGGGUCGCCCGCGCAAUAGCUUCAUUUUGGAUCUGAUCGAGCGUAGCCAGCGUUGCCAACCGAAUCUGUGCCAAUUAAGCGAGGGCAUCACUGCCUGUCGCUCAGAUGUGGAUCAGUUGAGCAGGCUACUAAACGCUGGCAGGGAUCAGAGACGCGCCGCGGCUAUACCAUCCCUAAUGGAGGAACUACGCGCUGUGGCGGAACAUUCUUAGAUUAGCAAAGCUCAUCUCCUAAUUUCACAAAAUUUUCCCAAAGUACUUAAUUUGCUUUUGUCUCGAAUUUUGUUUAUGUUAAAAAGGUGCAAUUAUUGAGUUAA